AUGGGCAUCCUUGACCUUGCCGACGAACUCCUGCGCAUUAUCCUCGAACAUGUCGCUUCAGAACCGGAAAAACUAAUCAGCCUCGAGCGUCGCGCGUAUCUGUCCCAAGAAAGCUUCAAGCCGCCUCCACCAAUCGAACCGGAUCAGGCCCAGACUAUUGCAAAUCUAAGGCUCACAUGCAGAAAACUCGCGGACCUUGGUGCUAUUCACCAGUUUUCCAGAGUAACAACAAGAUUCUCAAGAAGAGGUCUAAAGCGCUUGGAAAAGAUUGCAAACCAGCGGCAUCUCGCUGAGCGGGUGAAGAAAUUCAGUUACAUGGUACCUUUCUUCUACGUAGAAGGGCGAGAACGUAUCCAGGAUUUGCUUCCGACGUUACCAGGCAAUCUUGGACUCCUUGACGCUAGUCACUUUGUACAGAAGGCGAAAGAGCAGAAGGACAUAGUGCGCACACGAGAGGACGCCAGAGUCUUGACACUCGCGAUAUCAGCCUUUACGUCACUUCAGCAUGUCCAAAUUUUACGGCUACAGGACCAAGAGGAUGGCAUGCUUAUACAGUAUAUCCGACAGCACGACGAACUCAGCCAGAUGGUGGAACUGAAGUGGCCACCAGCUUGUCUGCAUUCCACGAGAACGAUAGGCGAGGCGCUUCUAGCAUCAAAGUCCCCAUGUUCUCGGUUUUCAUCACCCAUGCUGAGUCCACAGAGCGUGCUGGGCGCUGCAAAUAAUCCACCAACGGCAAUGAGGCUCCUCGCAGAGAGGCUUACCUGUCUCGAACUACACUUCGAUGACGGACUAGAUCUGGACCAAAGAAUGAGAGACCUGUCAGCUCUGUCCAAAGCCGUUUUCACAGCGGCAAAGAACAUUGAAGCUGUACAUAUCGGCUUUCCCUCGCACAGGCCGCUCACCCUGAAGCUGGAAGAAAUUUUCCACAACGUCAAGUGGGACAAGCUACAAGCCUUUGGCAUUCAGGCAUGGAGGCUUGACGCCGAAGAAAUAAUCGCGCUUGCUAGGAGACACCGUGAAACGUUAAGAGGCCUACGGUUACGAGAUGUGUUGCUAAAGGACGGCAGCCGGUGGAAAGACGUUCUUUCCUUCUUGCGGGAAGACAUGUCAAGAUUGGACUGGGUCAGUCUUCGACGCAUAGACUACGAGAAGCACUUCGACGAUGCAUGGAUAAUGGGGGCGGAGGUACCGGACGACCCUCUAGGGAGCGACAGCAGUGACGAGAGCGACGACUGGGAUCCACACGAAGACGAAUUUGAUCACGUUGACGACCAAGACGAAGCAUACGUCAGCGACGGCUCGGUGGAUGACUCCGGUUCGGAUGCAGGUACGGAUGAGCCUGAACAGGGAGGUAAUCUGCAUUUCCCACCAUUGUCUCCGGAUACACCCGCGUCGGUACCAUGGUGCAAUUGUAACGGUCACAUGGACAGCGUGGAGGUGCUUGGCGACGACGGCAUACUAGUGACUAUCCAGCAACGGAAGUUCUGGGAGAAGUGGGUCGUCAGGAAGAUGUGCACCGAGCAGCAUGGUCAUAAAUGA